GCGCGCGCAGCGAGGUCGGCGCCCGCGUUUCCGCGCCAGUGCUGGCGGCCCUGCAGCUGGAGAGGCCAGGGAGCGGCCCUGCCCGGGUCCGGGGUCCCAGUCCUUGUCGUGGGGCCGGGUGUCCAAGGACGCAUUGCUCCGCAAAUCCGAGGGCGCCAGGCUGUCCCGCGCCGGAACCGCAGGAGAGCCCAGCCGUGCCCCCCUUUCCUUCUCGGGGUGCGGCCUCGGGGAGGCUCGUGGGCCAGGCUGUGAGGACUCUCCCUCCUCCCCAGGCCGCACCGGGCACCCCGCAGCCCCCAGAGGGCGGCGGCCUGGCGCCCGCCUAUGAGGAGUGACCCCGCGACUUCCGCAGCCCCCAUGAGGGGGCUCGGGGGGCCCCUGCGGAGCAGCGAGCCCGUGCGCGCCGCCCCGGCGCCGUCGGCGGCCGCGCUUCUGCUGGAGGAUGCGGCCGACCUCCUGGUGGUGCACCUGGACUUCCGCGCGGCGCUGCGCACCUGCGAACGCGCCUGGCAGAGCCUGGCCGAGGAGCCGGCGGGCGCCUGCUUGGAGGUGAAAUGCUCUCUGUGUGUUGUGGGGAUCCAGGCGCUGGCAGAGAUGGAUCGGUGGCAGGAAGUGCUGUCCUGGGUUCUUCGGUGUUACCAGGUUCCUGAGAAGCUGCCCCCCAAAGUCCUGGAGCUGUGUGUUCUUUUAUACAGCAAGAUGCGAGAGCCUGGAGCCGUGCGGGAUACGGUCAGUGCUUGGCUCCAAGACGCUGGCAACCAGGGCCUUCCGGAGUACAGAGCCUUAGCAGAGCUUCACCUGCGGCGGGUGCUGCUUCCCCUGGGCUGCUUGUCGGAGGCUGAAGAGCUGGUGGCGGGCUCUGCAGCCUUCAGUGAGGAGCAGCAGCUGGACGCACUUCAGGCCAUUAGCACGGUGAGGCAACAGCAGAAACACGGACAGUCCGGCUCCGAGGAGACCCAGAAGCUAAACCAGGAAGGCUCCUCCUCCCACAAGUUCCUGUCACUACUGACGUUGCUUCGCCAGCUUUGGGACUCUGCAGUGAGCCACUUCUUUGCCCUGCCCUUCAGAAAGAGCCUCCUGGCUGCCUUGCUUCUCUGCCUCUUGGUGGUGAGGUUUGAUCCCGCUUCUCCUGCUUCCCUGCCCUUCCUCUACAAGCUGGCUCAGAUCUUCCAUCGGAUCCGCAAGGCCGUGACCUCUCCUCUCUGCCGGCUUCCUGUCCAUGACUGAGUGGUCUUCCUGCUCACCUUGACCCCCUGGUCCCCAAGGCUGCCGGACAAGCAGAGCCAGUCGUCCAUGGCAGCCUGUUUCCUGCAGCUGGAUGGGCCCUGCCAGUGUGGCCAGCCUAAUUCUAGGAGGAGCUGACCUGGCCCAGGCACUGUAUCUUGCUGCCUGAAUGCCCUCCCCUUUGCGCCCCACUUUGGCCAGCUUGGCAGGUGGUGUGGAAACAAGAUGCACAGCCCUGCAGAGGCCCCUUGCACAGGAGGCAUUUGGGAAAGGAGAAUGCUUUGUCCUUGAAACAUUUCGUCUUCCUGCAAAGGCAGGGGUUUGAUUUUUCAGGCCAGGGUGUUCAUGAAGCUGGAAGUUCAGAACAGGGUCCUGGUGGAGGGACCUUGGCCUUUCACUUGCUUGGAACACUUACCUCUGAAGGUCGCCCCAGUGCAGGGCCUACCCGGGCAGGGUUGAGGGCUCCACAGUCUGGUCUGGUUCAUCACUACCCCUCCCCGAGGUGUGCAGUGGGCCCACUCUCCGCUCAGACCAGGCAUGGCCUCCUGAGCCCCUCCCUGGUGCACUUCUCACUGGGUAAGGGGAUCUGGCCUGGUGCCUCCUGGGCUUCAGCUCCGUUUUCCAGGUUGUCAGUGGCCAGGUGGGGCUCUGUUACACCGGUGUCUCUGCCCUCUCUCCCUCCUGUCGACUCCUCCCCCUCCUGUCGACUCCUCCCCCUGCCGUGCGGUAGUUGCGCUUUGCCUGAUGGCUGUCUCACCAGGUUCUGCCUGCAUCCGUGCCUCCUUGGUACACGCCUUUGCUGGUUCCCCCCUUCCUAUGCCUUGUUAUUCUAGUUAUAUUCUACUGUUUGUAUAACACGCAAGUGUUUCUGCUUCUGUGACCUUGAAAAGCAGGCCAGCCUCAAAGGCUGAUGAGCUGAAAAUGGAGCAGGGUAGUCAGGUGAGCUGGAAGCGUUUAUGGAGGGGGUUGGGUGGAGGGAGGCUGUGAAGGCAGCGAAUGAUUUUAUUCCUGUGCAGGGAGGAGACACGGGGGCCGUAGCGGUUGAACAGCUGAAAUGUUUCAGUGCUUCCCGUCAGUGGCCAUGUUUCCGUGUGAGGACAUGCUGUCGGGUGGUGGAAAGCCUGGGAGGUGAGUCCUAGGGUUGGUCCGCCGAAGCCAAGAGUUAAGAGCCCUGCGGAGAGGAAGGGAGGCCACUGAGCUUUGCUCUCUCUCCUUCAGGAUGAUUUUUAAAAUCUGGUCCUGUUCACACCCUGGAUAAAACUCUUUAAUGGCUUCCCCUGGCCCAAGGGUAAAGCCCAGGUUCUUGCGGAAUGUAGGGCCCUUGGGCACUGGUUUUGGCGGGCACCCCUACUUCAUGUGGGGCCUCUGAUCCAGCCCAGCCCCCCAUAGUCUUCGUUUUCUGAGCACUGCACCCCUCACACCUCUGUGCCUUUUGCACCUGCUGACGCCUCUGGAGGCCCCGCUCCCCUCUUGCCUGGUGAGCCCUUUCAAACUUCCAGGCUUACCCAGGGGUCGCCUCUGUGCACCCUUUCCUGGUGUCCCCUGCUCCAGGCCCCUGUUUCGUGUGCUUUCUGUGGUGGUGACCCCGCGGCCUCGUGACUGUGGGAUUCUGUGGCCUCUCUGAAGCUGGGGAGCGUGGCUCUUCGCAGCACUGAGUCGAGGGUAGAUCCCUGCCCUCCCACUCGCUGGGUGUGUGACUGUUGGAAAGUGAUUUAACCGCAUCUGUAAGUUGGUUCUCCCCUCACAGGGACUUGGGUGAGUAAAUGAGCCUCUAGUGCGGUGUUAGCACAUCUCCUGCUCCGGAUAAGAGCUCCCAUGAGAGGUAGCUGUGUUCCCAUUGCCUGGCCGAAGGCCGGGGGUUAGAAGGUGUUCAGAGGCAUUUAAAAGAAUAAGCGGAUGUAACUGACAUGACAGGAGGCCUCUGCCACAGGUGCGUUUGUGGGUUUGUGUGGUGGAAGCCCCGACUUCCCAGCCUCUUCUCUCGCCCCGGAAGCCCCCAUGUGGCCCUGCUCUAGGCCUUGAGGAUCUCUGCUUCCUGUCUGUCUUGAGCUCCGCAGCCUUGUUUGGCAUCCAGCCCUCCUAGGCAGACAGGCACUCGGACCUGCUGCUCAGGUGGCUCGGGCCUUUUCUGAGGAUGCAGCUGCUGCUCGGGCUGGUCCUCAGCUCUGGGCUUGACGAGGUCCGAAGCGAGGGGAGAGCCGCCUUGUCGCACCAGCGCGUGCGCUGACCGGUGAGGUCGCCAUUAGCUGCAGAUGGCCUUUGAGCCCGUGAAGUGUGGCCGGUCCAUGUGGAGAUGUUCUGUAAAUGUAAGAUACACGCUGAUUUCAAACACAUAGAACUACAAAGGUGGAAACUCGAUAAUUUUUAUAUUGAUUGCAUGUUAAAAUGACAAUCUUUUGGGUAUAUUGGGCUAAAUAAAAUCUAUUACUGAAAUGAA